GUAGAGGACGACAUUGACCAGAGCUAGGUGAGUGGGGCGAGCGGGGCGAGCAGAGGAGCGCAGGCGACUGAGCGGACUGACUGCGGACUGACUGCGGAGCGAAGCGGCGCGACGCAGAGGGGAAUAUGGCAGCCGCGGCUGUGGCUGAAUUUCAGAGAGCACAGUCUCUUAUUGGAACUGACCGGAAUACGUCUAUUGAUAUCCUCCACUCCAUAGUGAAGCGGGACAUCCAUGACAGCGAUGAGGAGGCAGUGCGGAUUAAAGAGCAAAGCAUCCUGGAGCUUGGAGGGCUGCUGGCCAAGACGGGUCAGGCAGCAGAGCUUGGUGGUCUCCUUAAAUAUGUGCGACCAUUCCUCAACUCCAUCUCUAAAGCCAAGGCGGCGCGGCUGGUGCGCUCCCUCCUUGACAUGUUCCUGGACAUGGAGGCUGCCACGGGACAGGAAGUGGACUUGUGCCUGGAAUGCAUUGAGUGGGCCAAAGCUGAGAAGAGAACCUUCCUCCGACAAGCACUGGAGGCCAGACUUAUCUCACUGUAUUUUGACACAAAGUGCUACCAGGAAGCUUUACUUUUGGGAUCCCAGUUGCUGCAGGAGUUGAAGAAGUUGGAUGACAAGGCUCUGUUGGUGGAGGUGCAGCUCCUGGAGAGUAAGACCUAUCAUGCGCUUAGUAACCUACCCAAAGCCCGCGCCGCCCUCACCUCAGCUCGGACCACCGCCAACGCCAUCUACUGCCCCCCCAAGCUACAAGCAGCUCUCGAUAUGCAGUCAGGUGUAAUCCACGCAGCUGAGGAGAAGGACUGGAAAACGGCGUACUCUUAUUUUUACGAGGCCUUCGAGGGAUACGACUCCAUUGACAAUCCCCGAGCCAUUACGGCCCUCAAGUACAUGUUGCUGUGUAAAAUCAUGCUCAACACGCCUGAAGACGUACAGGCGCUCAUCAGUGGAAAGCUGGCUCUGCGCUAUGCUGGCAGACAAACAGAGUCACUUAAAUGUGUAGCACUGGCCAGCAAAAACCGGUCCCUGGCAGACUUUGAAAAGGCAUUAACAGAUUACAAAGCAGAGCUGAGGGACGACCCCAUCAUCAGUACACACCUGACCAAACUGUACGACAACCUGCUGGAGCAGAACCUGAUUAGGGUCAUUGAGCCCUUCUCAAGAGUGCAGAUAUCACACAUCUCUUCUCUCAUCAAGCUUUCUAAGGGAGAAGUGGAACGAAAAUUAUCACAGAUGAUUUUAGACCAAAAAUUCCAUGGUAUUCUGGAUCAAGGUGAAGGCGUGCUGAUCGUAUUUGAAGAACCAGUCGUAGACAAAAUGUAUGAGGCAGCUCUGGAGACCAUUCAGAACAUGAGUAAAGUGGUGGACUCACUGUACAACAAAGCCAAGAAGCUGUCAUAAGCCUAAACCAGCCAGUCCUCCAGGUCUAUGCAGUGUGCACCAGUUGAAUCUAUGCUGUCCGCUCACUGGAACACUCAAAGGGGCCAGGGAACGAUCACAAACACUGUCCAGCCCAGCAGGCAAAUAAGACCAGUGGAUGCAGCAGUCAAGUCUGCGAGAGUGUGGGCUCCCCUUUCCUCCAACUGCUCUCCUCCACCCCCUACCGUCUCCUCCUCACAGUCUAACUGAGUUAAUGUACACAGUGCCUCCUUAUGGACAAACACAGCAAACACAGGCACUACAUCACUCAAUUUCUCCAGAUCUGCUUUAUGUGUGAAAACGGGACACAUACCACCUGCUUUUCCCAAUACUUCUCUGCGCUGGCCAUCAGGGAGUAUUGUAAUAUACCAAUAAAGAUGCAUAUACACUACAGUACUUCUACAUAUGUAAUAUAAAGAAUCACACUAAGCCUGCUGCAAUUGUCUUAAAAGGGUUUGCAAGUUGGCUAGUUGUCAAAUCAGCUAGUUCAAAUUGCCAACUUAAGGAGAUUGUUAAAAUGACCUACCUUCAGCCAUGAGUUUUGACAUCCAUGUGACUACAAAUUGUUUUCAUUGCAUUUGGAGAAAUUCUGUACAAGCCUCGGGACCACACCAGGAAGAUCUUGCAACCUGAAUGUCCACUUGUUUGUAUAUACUGUAAUUAUCAAGUUCCUUUCUUGUACACUGCAGGUUUAUGAUUUUUCCUCUUUUUAAAAAAUAAAUCAAAAACUAGCUUGAGAAGUGUUGGUCACAACAAGUGCUUUUGAUGCUUAACUGUGGACAAGUCAAAUGGGAUCACAGGCUUGUAAAGACAAUGGUCAAGUUGCACUGAAAAAAAUUGUGAAUUUCCACUAAUUAUUUUGAAAGGACUAAGCAGUUAACUUUCAAUAAAAAGAAAUAAAACAUUCCACGAU